CCAGAGAAGACGAAGCAGCGUCCGGCGACAAUGUCUGAUCCACACAAAGCUCCAGCAAAAGCGAACAGGAAGAAGAGUAAAGAGCAAAGAGAUCACCAAACUAAUGACAGAGAGGAGAAAUCUCGGGAACGCGCCGAGGACGAGGGCGCAUCAAAACGGGAAGGCAGAAAGCGACAGAGUAAAAAGGAGAAAGAUCCUCGUGAUAGUGAAAGUGAGGACAAACCUCGUGAAACCCCGACACCAAAAGCAUUUAGUGGAAGCAUCAAUCGACAGAGUAAAAAGUCUCUGGAGAUCUCCGAGAGCAAGUCCGAAGAAAAACCCAGUGCGGCAUGUAGAAGAUCCUCUGUUCCUAAUAAAGCAAACAAUGCUGGCGAGAAAGACAGACAAGACCGUGCAAAAAGCAAACCUCAGCAGACUGCCAAGAGCGAGUCCGGUGAAAAAACAGCACCAAUACGACAGAAUAAAAAGCAGAGAGACCCUUCAAAACUUGUCAGAGAAGAAUCUCUGGAGAGCUCCAAAAGCAAAUCACAAGAAAAAUCCGUAGCAAAACCUAGAAAGCGGCAUGAAUCGGCUGCUGAAAGAGACGUAACGUUUUCUGACCCGAACCACACACGGGACGCUCCUCCGGGGCUUAACGCGCGCAGCUCUGACCGCAAAAAGAAAAGCGCAGAAAAAACAACUGCAACGAGAGGACCAAGCGUCGAUGACACACUGGGAAAGGUUCUUAAAGCAACUAUUGAGAAGUUAAAGAUCAAGAAGUUCGAGCGGUCCAAUGCAUCCAGUUGUGUUAAUGACAUCACGGAUAAAGUCAUUGCACACCUGAAACAAAACACGACCUGGUGUACAGAUAUCGAGCGUUUAAGAACGGGAAGUUAUUAUGAAAAUCUUAAAAUUUGUGAACCAGAUGAAUUUGAUGUUAUGCUGACUAUUCCUGUGGAGAGAGUGGAUUUAGAGCAGUUCGACGAGGCUGGCGCAUUUUACAGUGUUGCACUGAAACGACAUCCGAAUAGACAUCCUCUGGACAUAUUCCUAAACGAAGACAAGACCAUUCAGGCCAGCAAAAUGCUGAGUGAAUUCAGAGAUGCCGUUAAGGAGGCUGUGGAGAAACUGCGAUACAAAAUUGUGAUACAGCGAAAGAAGGCCAGGUGCCCUGCAGUGACACUGGAAGUAAUAGAAAAUGGAAAGACAAUUUCCAUCGACUUCGUUCUUGGUCUUAAGGUUCACCGUGCAAGCUGGCCAGACUUUACAAAAGAUGGCUUCAAAAUAGACAACUGGCUUGGUAAAAAGGAAAAAGCUGAUAUGAAGCGUCAACCAUUCUACCUGGUGCCUAAAUAUGUGGGCAAAGGAGAUGCAGAGCAUGAUGGAGUUGUUGCAAAAGAUGCAUGGCGAAUCUCUUUUUCACAUGUUGAAAAAGAAAUUCUGCAAAGGCACGGCCACUCCAAGACAUGCUGCGAGGCCGUUGGAGAGAAAUGUUGCCGGAAGGAGUGUCUAAAGCUUCUGAAGUAUCUUCUUCAACAGCUCAAAGAGGAUGACUCCAAGUCCAAUAAAAUGUCCAACUUCUGCUCCUAUCAUGCAAAGACCACCCUGCUCCACGCUUGUGCUAAAAGGGGAAAUGACAGCGAGUGGGCGUACAGUCAGCUGGCCGACUGCUUCCAGGAGCUUUUGGAAGACUUUGUCAAACACCUAAGAGGUCGUCAUCUCCCUAACUUUUUCAUUCCAUCCCAUAACCUCCUACAUCAAGCCACUCCGAGUAGCUGUGAUUUCCUGGCCAAAGCAAUUGAAUUUCAACGCAAUAAUAACUUCCCUAUAUUCAGUUAAUUCUGAUUUUCUUUUAGUUGCAUUAUGUAUGAUUUGUUUUUUUCCUCUUGAUAGUCAUCUGAAGUUUAAUUCAAUAAACAUCUU